AUGGCUCGCAGCCCCUCGCGCUCGUCGCGCCGCUCCUCCAGCUCCGACUCGCGCCUCUCGCAAGCCUCGACCGCCGUCGACUCGGAUUCGGCCGCGUCCGACGAACCUCUUCGACGCUCCCGCUCCCGCGCCAGCUCGCGCAAAAGCCGCUCGCCGUCGCAGUCGCCACCGCCAUCACGGUCCGGGUCGAGCGACAGCCGCAGCGCCUCGCCGAGCCCUGCUCGGUCGCCUGUCCCGUCGGGCUCGUCCAGCGACGGCCGCACCAGGAGCAGGCGACGGUCGCGGUCGCGCGGCACCGGCAAGGGCAAGGAGCGUGACGGGCGCGGCAGGAGCUCGAAGUGGCGCGGCGGCUCGCCGUCGCCGCCGCCGACCGACAGCGAGGACCUCUCGGACGCCGAGAAGGGUCGCCGCGGCGGCUCGUCAUCCGGGUCGCGCCGCCCUUCACGCUCGAGGAGGAGCUCGGGGUCGACGAGCAGGAAGGAGCGCGAGGAGCGCGGGGAGCGCGAGGAGCGUGAGGAGCGCGAGGCGGCAAGGAAGAAGGAGCGGCGACGGCGGCGGGAUCGGAAGGAGCGCGAGAAGGGCAGGGCGGACGAAGCCGAGCGGAUCGCCAAGGCGCGACGCGAGAAGCGUCGCAGGGAAGAGCUGCACCGCAAGCGGCGGCACGCCGAGAAGGAGGCGGUCGAGGGCGACAAGGUGCGUUCCACCACGGGCACCACAAACACAAGCCACCAUGUCUACGUUCACGUCCACGAGCGCGAGCACGAGCACAAGCAUAAGCACGGCCACGAGCACGCUCGUCGACACCGCCACAAGCACGACUCGCACCACAAGCACCACCACCGGCACCGCCAUCACCCCGCCGACGAGGACCCGCCGCCGUCGAACCGCAACAGCUUGCUCAUCGCGAGCGUCAUCGUCGUCGUUGCGCUCCUAGGCGCCGGUGGAGCAGUGUACUGCAUCAAGCAGAAGUGACGAGGGUCGGCGCGAGCCUGUAGCGAACGUGCAACGCGCUCUCUCUU